AUGCUGUCAAAUCCUCUUCAUCGCUUCUCGGCGUACAACGCCUUGCCAUCGAGCGGCAUGCUCUCAAAUGGCCAUGUCCAGUCGCAUCACAUGCAUUCUGGUCUAGACACACUGGCGACCAGCUCGCAAUACGCGCUCCAGCAACUUCAGCAACAUGUUGAUGUUCACCAAAAUCAGCAUCGAGGCCACAAUAAUAAACACCGACAACAUCCUUAUGGACCAGGCCCUACACAUGGCAGGUCAAACGGUACCGAAUUCGGAUUGGGCUGCGAGUACAUUAGGGAGCGAAAGAAGCGAGGUAAGGCAUCUCGCAAAGACCUCGCCCAGCAAGCAGCGGCGGCGGCGGCCAAUGGCCAAAAGUCACCUACAAGCCACACGUCAGAGGAGCGGUCUCCCACCGAGUCUCGCAACGAGAGCAGCUCGACCACAAAUGAGAGCACCAAUGACUUCAAACGUCCGCAAGCGCAAAGAUCUUUGAGUCUGAAUACCACUGGACUUGAUAGUGGUUCCGCAAGAGAGGCGCUUAAAGGCCGAUUACGCGCGGGUAGCCUCGAAAGUCUCUCUGAAAUGCCAAAUGGACAUCAGCCUCACAUGGUUAGUCGCGCAGAGUCGGACCAAAUCGAAAGUCCUGCGUCCCUGAAUCUCAACGGCUAUUCUAGCAUGCAUGGCUACCGGUCUGCCCUAAAUCCCCACCUGAUGAACAGCAAUGGCGGUCAUCCCAAUUUCAGUGCCGGGCAGGGCUCUUUACCCGGUUACACAGAUCUCCCGUACGCCAUUCAGACUCAAAGCCCAACUCAUUAUCCGGGCAAUACUCCGGGCCCCUUUCGUCUAGGCGAUAGCCCUCUACCCGGGUUUCCCAUGGGAUCGGAUGCUGCUUCGCCAGGAGGAUGGAUGUCUUUGCCAUCUCCUUCGACACAGUACCAACAACACGUGACGCAGAACUAUACAACCACACUCCGCUACCCCGUUCUGGAACCCCUCAUCCCGCAUUUGGGCAAUAUCAUCCCUUUAUCCCUGGCCUGCGACCUGCUGGACCUGUACUUUGCGAGUGCAUCAUCUGCUCUGAUGCACCCCACAUCCCCCUAUGUACUCGGCUACGUAUUCCGAAAGCACUCUAUUCUUCACCCGACCAAGCCGAGACAAUGCACCCCAGCUUUGCUCGCCAGUAUGCUGUGGGUUGUUGCACAGACGAGCGAUGCCACUUUCCUGACAGCACCUCCUUCAUCACGUGGCCGGAUCUGCGAACGACUGCUUGAUCUUACCGUUGGUCUCCUGAAGCCUCUCAUCCACGGGCAUUCCGCGGGAGACACCUCGCCCAACUUCUCCAACACUGUUGUCAAUGGCGUGGCCUUGGGCGGCCUUGGUGUUGCCAUGCCGGGUUCAGUCGAGUCUGACGGCUUGAACAGAGAGACAAGUGCCUUUGGUGCUGCUGGGACACUGGAUGAUGUGGUCACUUAUAUUCACCUCGCCACCGUCGUCUCGGCGAGUGAAUACAAGGGCGCAAGUCUAAGAUGGUGGAACGCGGCUUGGUCUCUUGCUCGGGAGCUGAAACUCGGGAGAGAACUGCCCACAAACCAAGAUUCACCAAGAACAGCGACCGAGGGUGGCGAGGACGUGGAUGCAGACGGAGAGGCGGACGACCACUCGAACAACGCGGCAGGAAUUACCGAGGAGGAAAGAGAAGAAAGACGUCGGAUAUGGUGGCUGGUUUACACGGUAGACAGACACCUCGCACUCUGUUACAACAGACCUCUCUUCCUGUUGGAUAUUGAGUGCGACGGCCUUCUCCAGCCGAUGGACGACACGUUGUGGCAGGCUGGAGAAUUCUACACUGGUGAUUCAAGCAUUCAUAUUACUUCCCCGAAUGGUUCAGCUCGGAUAAGACGCAGAGGUCCUAACUACGAGGUGUCUGGCAAUAGUAUAUUCGGAUAUUUCCUACCCCUCAUGACGAUCCUCGGAGAGAUCGUAGAUCUCUAUCACGCCAAGAACCACCCUCGAUUCGGUGUCGGUUUUCGAUCAUCCCAAGAAUGGGAUGACUACGCCAGCGAAAUCGCUCGACAACUAGACGCCUACGGUCAAAGUCUCAAGGACUUUGAACUCCGCCAUCUUGGUCCUCAAUCGGAGGAGCAUAUGGCGGAGGCUAAAAUGGAUGGUGUCUCGUCCACCAACCAAGAGCACAACGACAUCGGCACUCCUUCGGUUCAUUCAGUACACACAGCUUCAUCAGCCCAUAUCUCGGAAACAGAGAUCCAAACCCGCAUCAUGUUAGCCUAUGGCACGCAUGUUAUGCAUGUUCUCCAUAUCCUCCUUACGGGGAAAUGGGAUCCAAUUAGCUUACUUGACGACAACGAUCUAUGGAUAUCUUCACAAAGCUUUAUUAACGCAACGGGCCACGCUGUAAGCGCUGCAGAAGCUAUUAACAAUAUCCUCGAGUACGAUCCAGGUUUGGAGUUCAUGCCUUUCUUCUUUGGCGUGUAUCUUCUGCAAGGAAGCUUCUUAUUACUUUUGAUUGCCGACAAAUUACAAGUAGAAGCUUCUCCAAGUGUCGUCAAAGCUUGUGAGACAAUUGUGCGCGCACAUGAAGCUUGUGUGGUGACACUCAAUACUGAAUACCAGCGAAACUUCCGCAAAGUGAUGCGCUCAGCACUCGCUCAAGUCCGAGGUCGAAUCCCAGAAGACUUUGGCGAGCAGCAGUUACGGCGACGCGAAGUUCUCGCCUUGUACCGAUGGACCGGUGAUGGCACCGGUCUAGCUCUGUAA